UCACUGUCUAUCUCCAAUCAAACCCCUCUCUGACCCGCUGGAAAACCCGAGCAAUAACCAUGGCAGCAUCGAAAGGCAGUUCGCCCAGUCGCUGGAUUCCGCUCGAAAGCAAUCCGGAGGUCCUCACAAAGUGGGCAGUGAGUGCGGGUCUGGUGGAGAGCCAAGCUCACUUUGAGGACAUCUAUGGGCUUGAUUCAGAGCUCCUUGCAUUGGUAUCGCAGCCCGUUAAGGCUGUGAUACUACUGUUCCCCCUCAAUGACGCUUGUCAGCAGAGGAGGCGCCAGGAGGACGAGCGGAUUGCGGGAGAAGGCCAGCCUGCUAUUGACCCCACCAUCUUCUGGAUGAAGCAAACGAUCUCCAAUGCGUGUGGGACCAUGGCUCUACUGCAUGCGCUGAUCAACUCAGACGUGACCUUCGCGCCGGAGAGCCCCAUCGAACAGUUCAUUGACAUUUGCAAGGACAAAACGCCUCUCGAGCGAGCGAAGAUCCUGGAAACGACUCCGCUGUUCGCAAAUAUCCAUGCAUCUGCCGCUUCUGGGGGACAGUCUGCCAUUCCUCCGAACCUUGACACGGAUCUGCACUUCACCUGCUUCGUCCAAGCCCCAGAUCCUUCCUCAAGGGAGAGCGGCACGCCGGUCACGCCUGCUACCACAGGCGAGAUGAGGCUCAUCGAACUCGACGGGGAGCGUGCAGGGCCAGUAGAUCGCGGUGUCUCGAAGAAUUUCUUAGCCGAUGUCGCCAAGGUCGUGAAAGACCUCUACAUCGCUCACACGGCGAAUGUGAACUUCAGCUUGAUCGCUCUCUCAGGAGGACCCAGUCUGGUUUGACGAGUGAUGACGGUGACUUGCGUGUUGCUGAGAUCGAACGUAAGUACGAUGUAUGAAUUAGCUUCUUGGAAGCUUUGCGAAUUCGCACGAGUGUCCCUGUAUUC